AUGUUCAAGCGUGCGGGCAAAGACCGUACCAGAGAGGCCAUCAGAUGGCGUGUGCAGCAGUAUGGUCCCGUCAAACAGUUUGAAGAGCACGGCAUCUCAUUCCAGGAUCUCUCCCCAGCCUUCGAGAGAGAGAUUGCAGCACAGACGCGCCGGAUUCUCUUAGGGCCUGGUCCUGCAGCAGCCAGCGAGACCGAUACUGCGAUGGUUCGGCAGAAGAUGCGCGAGGCGAGUCUAAUAGAAGCGGCAAAUUCGGCGCGUACAACAAGAGCGAAGAAGCGCGCUGCCUCACACGAUAUCGAAACCCGCGCACGGAAAAUGCAUCCAAAGACACCCGCGGGCCGCGAACGGGGUACAAAGACAAGUCCAUGGAAGAUAGUGGAGGAAGAGGAGCGGGUAGGAGGAACAACAAGUGAAAAGGUACAGGCCGACGUCAGGUCGACGGCUCAGGACGCUCUGGUGACGAGGAGCUCCGCAAGAUCCGCGGGUGGCUCACCGUAUGGCGCCAAGACACCAGAAAGCAUGCCCAUCGAUGCAUUUGUUGAUGGAGGAGCGAUAACACCAUCAUGUGCGAGCCCAAUGAAUGCCGGCGCUAGUCGCACUAUUUCCCCAGCCGAGUCCCCCAACGCUGCCGACGCUCCGCGUAGCCCUCGACGCGUCGCAGCAACAACACACACACCAAUCAUCGCCUAUCUUGAGAAGAGGCUCGAGGAUGCUAUCCGCCAGUCACAGCUAGAACAGGCCGGUAACAAUACCCUACGCAAAGAAAACGAAGAACUGCACCGCCACAUCGGGAAGCCCACGACUCCCAGCCAUGCUGCACUGCGCCAAGCGGCUAGUGAUCUCGAACUGGAGCGGGCAACACUCGUUUCCGAGAAGCUGACGAUUAACACGCGUCACAAAGAUGCUAUACGAUCCUUAGAAGGGCUUCUUGAAGCCAAGGCAAAGCAUAUCGGACAGCUACAAUCCCUCCUCAGCACCCUAAGAGGCCCUCAGCUGGUCUCCAGAUCCCAAGGCUACCCGGUCGAAUACAAUGCUGGCUCUCUCCACGCUAACUGGAGUCAGAACGCCGCUCGGUUGGCAUCUGACUGCCGAUCAUACGACAUGGCAAGAUCCCUCCGCGCUGAAGAGCAGGUACCCGUCAAGUUUGAGGCUGCCAUGCGUGCUGUUACUGGACUCUCCGUGGCACAAACCGGGAACCUGACGCUCGCUGAGUGCUUCACUAAAACCACGGCCAUGCCUACUGAUGUCAACAUGCAGAUUGCCUGUUUCAUGAAUCAUGCUCUACGAUGGUGUUUCAACACAGCGUUCCGUACCAGAGGGCUGAAGUCGGAGAAGUUGUACGAAAUGUGGCAGUCGAUUGCGUCACUCAAUGGACUCAAAUGUGUACGAGAACUAGACACCAUGGCCACCCUAGAUAAGAUCGGCAAUGAGUACUUUCGCAAGUACCAAAUACCGACGAAGGCCAAAAGCCAGAUGGCAAUCUUCAUCAAAGAGUGCCGCAGCUUCAUUCCCUGGCUCGAUAGUGCGGAAUUGCGUCCGAUGCUCGAUACGUGGCUGCAGUCCACCAUGGAGAUGAAGUUAGAGCUUCUUGUGUCCAGCCAACACCACAAACUCGCCUUCCCGCCACCUGGCGCCCCUUACGACAAGGACACCAUGGAAGGUCAAACCGAGGACGGAAACGGACAGGGUGCCAAGGAUAAUCCAGCUGACUAUCGAGUCAAAAUCUGCAUCUGUCCCGCGCUUUAUACAUGCGUCCCGGAACCAGAGCUACCAGACUGUGACGAACCUUCCUUCAAGGCGGAGAAGUACACAGAUGCUUUGCUCGAAUCGAGGGACUUCUUUCCUGAAGAGCCGGGCAAGUACCAUGGCUGGGAAGAAUCUGUCUUGGUAUCACGGGCUAUCGUCUUCGUCGAGAAGUGCCCUCAACAGUCUCAGGUCGUGCCAGAGCACAGUCAACCAAGGCAGACCCUCCGGCUCCGACUAUCCCCAAGCGUGGCUGAAGAUACUCAGGACGUGGCUGAAGGUGGCGAGGAUGGCAUGAGCAGUGAAGACGACGUUAAACAGUGA